ACAAUUAUCUGAAUUAUCUUAGUUACAAGUAAAGUUGAUAAGAUAGGAGUUAUGGUAUGAGAUCAUGAUAUGAAGAAGAGUUUAGAGUCCAGUUUGGACUACAAAGGAAAGUACUAUGAACUGAGGAGAGGUGCUAAAGAGCUUAUCUUCGAAAAUAGUGCUUAUCAGGCUGAAAUUCUGGAGUGUCAAAAGAUGAUAGCCCAGAGAGAGCGAGAACGUGAGCUGCUCCUGCAGCACCUGCUACAAUACGAACAAGAGGCCUGGGAGUUACAGAGUGAGAUGAACAGUGCACACACUGAAAAACACAAACUACUCAAGAAACAACAAGAAGCGGAUAAGAGAAAGAGAGUGAGACUCGACACACAUCUGGCUGAGGCUGCUGCUAUUGCUCAGACCGAACCUGACGGAUCUGUCUCCAAGAUACCUAAGAUAAAAAUAGUUUUUCAACACAAGGGGCCUGGGAUAGCCCCUCAAGGCCCACAAGAACCUAUCACUAAACUACAGGGCCCUGUCUUGGACAUCAACACUGAGGCUAAAACAGCCAUCAAAAACAAACUUAAGCGCAACAAACUAGACCCAAUUGUCAUCUCACUCCCUUCUGCCUCUAUGAAGGACCCACUUCACCAACAAUCAGUAAAGAGGCCGCGGCCCGCCAACCUGGGUCUAAACCUCACACCAAGCGGUCUUAUUGCAGCUUCGCGCGCAUCAGGUCUCAUGAUGUCCCCCUCGCUGCUCUCCCAGUCUCCAGGUAAUAUCCUGACCAGUCAGCACUCUCAACAGUCAUACUCUUCCUCCCUCCCUUACUCUCCUGGUGUUGAUCUAAAUGAGCUGCUUGCGCGCGCUUCCUCCGACCACACCCCUAUAGAUGUAUUCAGCGAGUCAGAUACCUCCUGCAAUGCCUCCCCAGCCAGCAUGCUGCGUACUACCUCACCUGCUAGCAUGCUGCGUACUACUUCACCUGCUAGCAUGCUGCGCACCACCUCACCUGCUAGUAUGCUGCGCACCACCUCCCCUGCCACCCUUCUUCAGGAGGACAGACUUGUAAUGGAGGAUCAGGACCAUUUCUCCAUGUUAAGUGCGUUCAAACGCUCUCCUGAGGUUCAAGGUGGCUUCAGAAUAUCUCCUAGUGCUUUGAGAAGUAUUAAACAGAAAAUAGACAGUAUCAAUGCUAGCCAGUCCCCUUGGAAGGCAGCUGCUGCCAAGGGUUUAAAAUCUCCCAAUUUACCCCAUUUUCCUUCUCUGGAGCAAAACAAGAAAAGUAACGACUCUUGACGAGCUUGUUUGUUGUUCUUACUUUAAUUUGUUUAUAAGAUAUUGAUUGUACAAUGUGCUAUUAUAUUAUUAUGAUAUGAGAGGUACCUUUAUUUAUUUGUAAUUGUGUGAAUCUUAGCAAUUACUAUUGUCCUUCAUGAUACUGUUACUGACAUAGUAAUCAGUUAUGUUUGGCUUUGAAGGAUGAAUCUCAAGCUGAUUAAUAAAUCUUUUGGAUUGAUAUUACUGUUUGCUGAAUUAAACUAUUAAGGGGUCGUUCACAUGUUACGUAAUCACCGAGAGGGAGGGAGGGGUUUCAAAAUGAUAACGAUAGUGUGAUUUUAGCAAUUGCUACGUGUUAAACUGAUUACGAAGGGGGGACGGAAGAGGGUUAAAAUAGGCCAAAAAGUGGUUACGUAAUAUGUGAACGACCACUAAAUGAUGUUUUUU